CCCUGAAGUUCAGGUUGGAGGAAACGUCAAGCAAACUACCAAUGGAAAUGAACAAUACUCGAGCCCGGAUGUUAACGAUGUGAGUACAUCGACACCCGUCAAUCAAAACGGAACAACAUUUGGGAUCCCUGAAGUUCAGGUUGGAGGAAACGUCACGGAAAUUACCAAUGGAAAUGAUCAAUACUCGAGCCCGGAUGUUAACGAUGUGAGUACAUCGACACCCGUCAAUCAAAACGGAACAACAUUUGGGAUCCCUGAAGUUCAGGUUGGAGGAAACGUCACGGAAACUACCAAUGGAAAUGAACAAUACUCGAAUGCGACCACUGAAAUAACUCAAGAAAGUGAACAGAACAAAUCACUUUGGUAUCUGUAUAUUGUUAUUCCUUCCGUCGUCUUCUUCUUUGCUGCAUGCAUCAGUUGUGUUAUUUGUAGAUGGUAGCAUAAAGGAAGGAGAAAUAGUGAAUGACUCUCAACAAAGUCUCAUAACUAGAUUCGAAUAUUCGGACCAAUUCCGC